AUGGCCCGAGGCAGGGGGGACAUCCCUCCUGCUGCAGGCGUCCACCGCCAGGUCCUCUUCACCACCGUGGGCUGGUUCGUGGGCUAUUACCUGGUGAAGCGUAUGGACUACGUCCACGCCAAGCUGGACAGAGAGCUGUUCGAGUACGUCAGGCAGCACCCGGCGGACUUCAAGGCAGCAGAAAAGAGGAGAAUAGGAGAGCUUCUGGAGGAUUUCCACCCCGUUCGCUGA